AGAAGCGUAGCGGUGCCGUGUCGGGUCAGCCACCGAGAGGACUGCGGUAGCGACGCGCGCCCUAGCCAUGAAGAGCCGCUUCAGCACGGUUGACCUCCGCGCGGUGCUCGCGGAACUGAAUGCGAGCUUGCUAGGAAUGAGAGUAAACAACAUUUAUGAUGUGGAUAACAAGACAUACCUUAUUCGGCUUCAAAAACCUGAUUUUAAAGCUACACUGUUACUUGAAUCUGGUAUACGUAUUCACACAACAGAAUUUGAGUGGCCUAAGAACAUGAUGCCAUCUAGUUUUGCCAUGAAGUGUCGAAAACAUUUGAAGAGUCGGAGAUUAGUCAGUGCAAAACAGCUUGGUAUGGAUAGAAUUGUGGAUUUCCAGUUUGGAAGUGAUGAAGCUGCUUACCACUUAAUCAUUGAGCUCUACGAUAGGGGGAACAUUGUUCUUACAGAUUAUGAAUACCUAAUUUUAAAUAUCCUGAGGUUUAGAACUGAUGAAACAGAUGAUGUUAAGUUUGCUGUUCGUGAACGAUAUCCCAUAGAUCAUGCCAGAGCUGCUGAACCUUUGCUGACUUUGGAAAGAUUGACUGACGUACUAGCUAGUGCUCCUAAAGGUGAACUGCUGAAGAGAGUGCUGAAUCCAUUACUUCCUUAUGGGCCAGCUCUUAUUGAGCACUGUCUUAUAGAAAAUGGAUUCUCUGGCAAUGUUAAAGUGGAUGAAAAACUUGAAAGCAAAGAUAUUGAAAAGAUACUGGUUUGUGUGCAGAGGGCGGAAGACUAUUUGAAAAAAACAUCCAACUUUAAUGGAAAGGGAUAUAUAAUUCAGAAAAGAGAGGUAAAACCAAGCCUGGAUGCAAAUAAACCAGCUGAAGACAUACUCACGUAUGAGGAAUUCCAUCCUUUCUUGUUUUCUCAACAUUUACAAUGUCCAUAUAUAGAAUUCGAAUCAUUUGACAAGGCCGUGGAUGAAUUUUAUUCCAAGAUAGAAGGUCAGAAAAUUGACUUAAAAGCUUUACAACAGGAAAAACAAGCACUGAAGAAAUUAGAUAAUGUCCGGAAGGAUCAUGAGAACAGAUUAGAAGCUCUUCAGCAGGCUCAGGAAAUUGAUAAACUGAAAGGGGAGCUCAUAGAGAUGAACCUGCAGAUAGUUGACAGAGCCAUUCAGGUGGUCCGCAGUGCACUAGCCAACCAGAUAGACUGGACAGAAAUCGGGGUGAUUGUGAAAGAAGCACAGGCUCAAGGAGACCCUGUUGCAAGUGCAAUCAAAGAGCUAAAGCUGCAAACAAACCAUGUCACGAUGCUGCUGCGAAAUCCAUACUUGUUAUCAGAGGAGGAAGAUGGUGAUGGUGAUGGCAGCAUUGAGAACAGUGAUGCUGAAGCACCAAAAGGGAAAAAAAAAAAACAAAAGAACAAGCAGCUGCAGAAGCCUCAGAAGAACAAGCCGCUGCUUGUCGACGUGGAUCUCAGCCUGUCAGCCUAUGCCAAUGCCAAAAAAUACUAUGAUCAUAAGAGGUAUGCUGCUAAAAAAACACAGAGGACUGUUGAAGCUGCUGAGAAGGCAUUCAAAUCAGCAGAGAAGAAAACAAAGCAAACCUUAAAAGAAGUACAAACAGUUACUUCUAUCCAAAAAGCAAGAAAAGUGUAUUGGUUUGAGAAAUUUCUGUGGUUCAUUAGUUCAGAGAACUAUCUAAUUAUAGGUGGUCGGGAUCAGCAGCAGAACGAGAUUAUUGUAAAAAGAUACUUAACACCAGGAGACAUUUAUGUGCAUGCUGAUCUUCAUGGAGCUACCAGCUGCGUGAUUAAGAACCCAACAGGAGAACCCAUCCCUCCACGGACUUUGACUGAAGCAGGCACAAUGGCACUUUGCUACAGUGCUGCCUGGGAUGCACGUGUUAUCACUAGUGCUUGGUGGGUGUACCAUCAUCAGGUAUCUAAAACAGCACCAACAGGAGAAUAUUUAACAACAGGAAGCUUCAUGAUAAGAGGAAAAAAGAAUUUUCUUCCUCCUUCAUACCUAAUGAUGGGGUUUAGCUUCCUUUUUAAGGUAGAUGAGUCUUGUGUCUGGAGACAUCGAGGUGAACGAAAAGUCAGAGUGCAGGAUGAAGACAUGGAAACACUGACAAGCUGCACAAGUGAACUCAUGUCAGAAGAAAUGGAACAACUAGAAGGGGGCGACAGCAGUGAAGAAGAGACUGAGGAGUUACAUGGAACUCCUGGAGAAGUAGAACUUAUGACUCAGGUUGAUCAAGAGGACAUUGCUGCUCACAGUGGGAGAGAUGAACUAAGCUCUGAUGAUGGAGAAGCCAAAGCAGUUACAAAAGAUCAGGAGCCCAUUGGUAAAAUGAAGGAAGAGGAGGAAGAUACCUUCGAAUAUCCUGAUACUACCAUUGACUUGUCCCAUCUUCAGUCCCAAAGGCCUCUACAGAAACCAGCUCCAAGAGAAGAGUCUGUGAAUUCAAAUGACAGUAAAUCACAGAGCCGAAGACAUUUGUCAGCCAAGGAGAGAAGAGAAAUGAAAAAGAAAAAGCUCCCAUGUGAUUCAGGGGAUUUAGAAGUGACAGAAGAAAAGGACAAAGAAAAGGAAAGUGCUAUGCACUCUGAAGCUUACCAGAACACAAGCAAGACCGUGGCAGCUGGACAGCCAAUGAAGAGAGGGCAGAAGAGUAAAAUGAAAAAAAUGAAGGAAAAAUACAAAGACCAAGAUGAUGAAGAUCGUGAACUUAUUAUGAAAUUGUUGGCAUCUGCAGGUUCAAACAAAGAAGAAAAGGGGAAGAAAGGAAAAAAAGGAAAAACAAAAGAUGAACCUGUGAAGAAACCCCCCCAGAAACCCAGAGGUGGACAGCGGGUUCUAGAUGUUGUUAAAGAAACUCCAUCCCUUCAGGUUUUAGCUCACGACUUACAAGACUUAGCUGUAGAUGAGCCACAUGAUGACAAGGAAGAACAUGAUCUGGACCAGCAGGGAAAUGAGGAAACUCUAUUUGACUCUUUGACAGGGCAGCCACAUCCUGAAGAUAUACUAAUGUUUGCUAUUCCAAUAUGUGCCCCUUACACCAUCAUGACAAACUAUAAAUACAAAGUGAAACUUACUCCUGGAGUUCAGAAAAAGGGAAAAGCUGCAAAGACAGCCUUGAAUAGUUUCAUGCACUCCAAAGAAGCUACAGCAAGAGAAAAAGACUUAUUCCGAAGUGUGAAGGACACAGAUUUAUCAAGAAACAUUCCUGGAAAAGUGAAAGUGUCUGCACCUAAUCUUCUGCAUGUAAAAAGAAAAUAGCUGGAAUGAAAUCCUGAACACUGAACAGCCAGUUUUGUAGCCUUUGGAAGUUCAAAGAUGCAGACAACAUGUUAACAGAACUUCCACUUUACAAAUGAACAUACUGCCUUGCUAUAUCACCAAAAGGACUUAAGAUUUUUUUCCCAAGUUUUAUAUAUGUAUAAAAUAUUAUGAUAGUAUUUCCUAAAAUAUUUGUGAAAACUUAAUGAUACACAUCUGUAAUUGUAUUGUUCUACAUUUUAUUGAAAUUCUUGAGGUUUCAUUUCAUGAUGUAAAGACCCUGAAAUAGCUCAAGUGCAUAAACUACUGACGUAGUGGUCUACUGUAUAUAACAUCUAAUACAUAGUACAGCCAGUCACAAGAGGUUUUGUUUGGUUAGUGGAGCAAUUAAACAUUUAAGGUUUGUGUCUUGAACACUUUGCCAAAUUUUACAUCAAAUGCAAAAAAAAAAAAAAAAAAAACACAAGAAAAUGACAAUAGUUUCUGUGCAUUCAUAUAUAUAUAUAUAUAUAUACCACCUUCCUCUUGUAAUGUCUCAGCUGUUUGCCAUUUUCUCCCCCAUCCCUGCCCCCAGCAGCUAUCAAAUAGUUAAAAAUGUCUUAUGGUGGUUUUGGUUUUUUCAAGUCGGAGUUUCUCUGUAGUUGUGGAUGUCCUGGAACUCACUCUGUAGACCAAACUGGCCUUGAAUUCAAGAGAUCUGCCUGCCUCUCUGCCUCCCGAGUGCUGGAAUUAAAGGCAUCCAUCACCACCACCAGGCUCAAGUGUCUUGGCCUAUAAUGACAGAAGUGCAUUUUGUUGCUGGGUGGUGGUGGCAGCAUCGCGGAGGCAGAGGUAGGUAGAUCUGAGUUUGAGCUAAGGACAGCAAAGGCUACAGAGAGAAACCCAGUCUUGGGCGGGAAAAAUCGAAAGUGCAUAUUUUUUUUUAGGGUUAUCACUAAAGAUUGCUAGACCAGUAUUCUUCUGGCUCCUAUUAGAAUAUAGAAUGAAGCCAUACAUUAUCUCUCCCUUCAUGAGGUAUAAACUGCCACUUUUUAAUUAACUGGCUAGUAACCAUGAUCACCACAUGUCCCAGGACAACACCAAUACAUUAAGAUUGAAGUAGUACAUGAAUUGCAGCUUGGGCUGUGGAAGUCUCACUGCCCGUGCCAGCAGACACACCCACCCGGCUGGGACAGCACACUUUCAGUUCUAGUGCUUGAGAGGCGGAAGCUAGAGGACACUGAUUAAAGUUCAGCCUUGGAUACAUAAGCUUAAAGGCUAAAGAUGGAGCAUCUUCACAUUUCUACAGAUACAUUACAUCCAGAUUAUCAAAAGAUAGAUGUAAAAAGUGUUAUACCCAUUCUGGGUAUAAAAAGUCAAUGCAGGGGCUGGAGAGAUGGCUCAGCGGUUAAGAGCACUGGCUGUUCUUCCACAGGACCCAGGUUCAGUUGUCAGCACCCACAUUGCAGCUUACAACUGUCUGUAACUCCAGUUCCAGGGAAUCCAACACCCUCAUGCAUGCAAGAAAACACCAUUCCGUAUACAUGAAAUAAAUGAAUCGUUUAAAAAAAAAAAAGCCAACACAGUAAUUUUUUUUUAACUUUAGACAAGUAAUGAUGUUAAAUACAUUUAUUGUAAACUUUAGACACAAAAAUAGGUUCUCUAGGCCAUUCACAUGCACAUAAAACCCAGAAAGCUGCAAACUACAACAACGCAUAUAAUUAUACAAAGGAUGACACUGUGUGACAAAUACAGGGUUGCUUUCCAUGCAAGUAGACCAGAAGUAUUAUCUACAAAGCCUUAUGAUCCAGAAGUGUUGUUACUACCAAACCUCUGAUUAACACUGUGAAGUAAGUGUUUUGGAAGGCAGCUCCACGAGUUGGCUAGCAUCUCUUUAAAGCAAAUGACUGCUUCUAAGCUUAGCCUAAAAGUAGACAAGGAAAGUGAAAAUAAUUUUACUAAAUACAUUAACUUGAA